AUGGAAUACGGACUCUAUCUUCACGAGCUGGGUCAUGUAAUGGGACUUGACCACGAGCAUAUUCGAGCUGACAGAGACACCUAUCUCCAUGUAAAUGAUGCUGGUGUUCCGGAGGACUUCAAAUCAUUCUUUACCAAAAAGUCCAAAGAGGAUCUCCAUACCUACGAUUCACCAUACGACUUACAAUCUGUAAUGCACUACGGACGGUCUUCAUUCUCCGUUUAUGCCGACAAAGUACCGAUUGUCGUAAAGGAUGAGAAAAUGAAACAUAUUUUGACGGAUGUAUGCAAAGACCACCAUGAAAAUUGUGCUGAAUGGGCAGGUAUGGGCCACUGUGUCAGGACUGCCGGUUACAUGAAGAUGAUGUGUCCUGAGAGUUGCGGCUUCUGCAAUUUAGCAAAAGGUGAUAUGAGUAGGAGUGGUGCGUGUAAAGAUCAUUAUAUUUAUCCCUCCGAUUGCGAAGCUUGGGCUAAAGAAGGAAAAUGUGUGAGCAAUAAAAUGUGGAUGCAUUUUAACUGCGCCAAAUCUUGCGAUGUUUGUGCCGAGUCCGGGAGGUACGUGGCUGUUAUUGCCUGCUUUAUUUUGCAUAUGCGUAAUUUCGUCAACGGGUUUAUAAUCAUGUAG